AUGCGCGGGCCAUUGCCCGACGAUCUCCCAAAGCCAUCGUUUAGAAGGAUUGACGACGCACUUUCACGGAAACCAUUGCAGCAGUUUGACGCGUUGGCACGCUCUUUUGGUUAUUGUGGAGGAGAGAAAUAUCAACGUCCAGAGACGUAUAUUCGUCAUACGGAGCCAUUGGAAAGCGACUUGCUGAAGCAAGUUGAGUAUGAUAUGGACGAACAAGAUUUGGACUGGCUCCAGGGUCUCAACGCCCAACGGAGAAAGGAACAGCAUGGUCCUGUCUCUCAAGAGAUAUUCGAGGUCAUUAUGGACCAGUUGGAGAAGGAAUGGUUUAUGCUCAUGAAACGUGUCCCCAAACCAGACAUGGACUUACCUGCUGAGGACUCUUGCUGUGCGGUUUGUGACGACGGAGAAGGGGAGAAUAGCAACGCCAUCGUCUUUUGUGAUGGAUGCAACCUCGCCGUUCACCAAGACUGCUACGGUGUGCCCUAUAUCCCAGAAGGACAAUGGCUCUGCCGGAAAUGUACCGUUUCACCCGAGGCUCCUGUCUCAUGUCUGCUUUGCCCUAACGAGGGUGGUGCAUUCAAGCAAACAUCAUCGGGCCACUGGGCCCACCUUCUCUGUGCCAUAUGGAUUCCAGAGGUUGUCGUACAGAAUCAAGUAUUUAUGGAGCCUAUCGAGCAUAUUGAGAAUAUCUCCAAAUCUCGAUGGAGAUUGAGGUGUUCGAUUUGCAAAGAGCCCAAGGGCGCUUGCAUUCAGUGUGACAUCAAGUCAUGCUACUCUGCUUUCCACGUCUCCUGUGCAAGAAAGCAAAAAUUUCUUUGUAGCAUGAAGACACUUCCCGAUCAAGAAGAGCAGCCCUUGCGGGCUUUUUGUGAGCGACAUCUGCCUCAAGAUAUGGCCGAGACACGCAACGCAUACCUGAAAGAUCUCAAAGAGCGCGCAGAGGAGAUUAAACGGAUUCGUCAGUCCAGUAAAGCAGCCCGGGCGUAUGCGCGAACCUACAAGACCGGAAUACCGCUGGUCCCCCAGUAUAUCGUCACAAGAGUCAUGGACUACAUCGGCAAAGUGACACUCCGCAAGAAGCCUCACGUCGUUCUCGCCAUCUGCAAGUACUGGAGCCUGAAACGGGAAGCUCGUAGGGGUGCACCGCUACUCAAAAGAUUGCAUCUGGAGCCCUGGACUACGGCGACGUCAGCGGCGCAGCAAACGGAGGAGGAUCGACUAAGGAAACUCGAGUACCUAAAGCAUCUACGCCACGACCUCGGCAAGCUGAAAGAAAAAGCAGACGCCAUGAAACAACGAGAACUCGUGAGAAUACAACAGAUUGAAGAUGCUAUUCAACAGCUUGCGAGUAUUCUGUAUCCACACGAGUCUGCCCUUCAAAGGGCUCUCGAAAAGAUCUCGGCAUUGGACGAGCUGAAUUUAUUUCGCACUUUGGAGUCCAAAUCCGAAUCACCAGACUAUCAUGAAAAGGUGGCAACGCCAAUGUGUUGGAGUAUGAUUCAGGAUAACCUCAAGGCUCAUCGAUACUGGGACUCGAAAACAUUCAAAAACCACGUUUCCUUGGUAUGGAACAACGCGAUGCUCUAUUACCCUCCCGACCAUGAGAUGCAUUUAUUGGCGUCGAAGAUUCGAGAAAAAGGAUUACCCGUGCUUGAUGGCAUCCCAGCCUCAGUAAACGGUUCAGCAUCGUACGAACCUGCCAUUGAUCGAGUAAAACACAUCUUGGAUGAAGGAGACAACCCUGAAGGCGCUAGCCUUCUCAAAGGGCUGAUGACAUCCUUUGGGGAACCAAACUGGCCGCUCAUCGACGCCCUCGUCAAGCAGUCUACCUCACCGAAGAAGGAUCCCGGGGAAACUCUCCACUCAUUUAUUCCUACCACGUCGCCAACGACCCAAAGACCUGUGGAGGACGCUCUAUCAUCAGAGCUGACUUCGUCUCAUGUUCCAGUUCUUACGCCUUCCCCCACCAAACCCCCCAAGAAGCCUCCUCGCGUUCGAGAUAGAAAAGCGGAAAAGGAAAGACGCCUAGCGAGAUUAGCUUUGCAGGCACAACUGCAGCAAGAGCAAGGUCACACGCUUCCACCCCCCAGGGCGACUCGCCGAAAUGGUCCUGCUCCAGCGGUUGCACUGGACACUUUGCCUUCCUCAAGCCAUGCAACCCCAAGAAAGGCAUCUGCUUUGUCUGCUCCCCAACCACAGCCUAUAGUCGAUGUCACCAUGCAAGAUCCCGUGGAAACUGCCUCUACGACAAGCACAAGCAGAAAGCGGAAACGAGGCGAAUACGAAGAAUCCCCGGAGGACAACGAUCCCACCAGCUUAAUUACAAAAGACGGAUUCAAGCCUGAACCCGACCAGCUCUCGAUACCGCAAUCUACCGAUGACACCAUGGCGAUAAGCAACAGCAAUCUGCUCUCAGUAGUCUCACCGCAAACUUCUGCCCCAGUCGAGGAAGCAGCCGACAGCUCCAAGGCCAAAAAGCCAAAGCUCACACGAGAGCAGAUCAACGAGAGGAAGCGCAUCCAAGAACGGGAAAGACGAGCACGUCGCAAAGCCGAAGCCGAAGCUGCGGCCCUCAGGAGGGAGAAGCAGCUUGCAGAGGGAUCCAACAUGCGGGAAGGGACUAGUAGCCACACCAAAGAGGGUGACUCGAGCUCUGUUAGCAGUCUCACUGAUAUCGAGGAGGAACGGGAUGAUGAAGCGCCGGAAGGUGGCGCUCGUGUUCGCCCGGCCAGGAGCAAAACUUCGUCAAAGAAUCAAGGCCCUUCCUCUUCUCGGCCUUCUAAGCAGCCCAAAUCUGUUGAGAAUGGCGGGGGUGAGGCUGCUCAGGUCGGACCAAGUACCCAUGUCGAGGCUCCAAAGAAAUCUAGUGGUCGGAUCGAUCGGGAAAAACGAGAAGAAAUUAUGGGACCGCCACCGACUAUGGGAGAGGGAGGGCUAGAGGGGGGAACGUUGGUGUGGGCUAAGCAAGAAGGACAUCCCUGGUUCCCUGGUGUCAUAUACGAACCCGACGACGAGCGUAUCCCGGCCAAGAUCCACAACACGAAAGAGUGGUUCUGUCAAACUGCCAACCUCACGGAAGAAGAGCGUGAAACGGUUCAAAUCGUGCAAUUCAUGGAUCCAUCAGGGACAUGGGCGUGGCUCGCUCUAAGGUCUAUUCGGAUGCUCUUUGAGAGUGAGGAAAGGGAUCAACUCCUCUUGCACGCAAGCACGAUUCCGCAACAAUACCCUUAA